GCGCUUUCCGGCACCGUGGCGGAAUAGCCGUGUCGUUUCGCGCCUUUUGGCGACCUCUGUGCGCGGUGCCCCACGGCAGCGUGGCCGACAUGGCGUCGCCCUUCAGCGGGGUGCUGCGGCUGACGGACCUGGAUGACUACAUCGGGCCGUCGCAGGACUGCAUCAAGCCCAUGAAGGUGGACAAGAGGCCGCGACGUGGCAUGGCAAAGAUCCACAUCGAAGAUGAUGGGAGUUACCUCCAAGUCAGCCAGGACGGAGGGACCCAGAGGCUGGAGAAGGCCAAGAUCUCGCUGGAUGACUGCCUGGCGUGCAGUGGCUGCGUCACCUCAGCAGAGACCGUGCUCAUCACUCAGCAGAGCCACGAGGAGCUGCGGAAGAUUCUAGAUGCCAAUAAGCAGACAGCAGCCCUGGGCCAGCAGAGGCUGGUGGUCGUCUCGGUCUCACCCCAGUCCAGAGCAUCGCUGGCUGCGAGGUUCCAGCUGCAUCCUACAGAUACCGCCGGGAAAUUAACUGCAUUCUUUAAAAAAAUAGGGGUGCACUACGUGUUCGAUACUGCCUUCUCAAGGAACUUCAGUCUCCUUGAGAGCCAGCGAGAGUUCGUGCGGCGAUUCCGAGGACAGGCCGACCACAGGCAGGCCCUACCCGUGCUGACAUCCGUCUGUCCAGGCUGGAUCUGCUACGCAGAGAAGACCCACGGCAGCUUCAUCAUCCCGCACCUCAGCACCGCCCGGUCCCCGCAGCAGGUCAUGGGCUCCCUGGUCAAGGACUUCUUUGCCCAGCAGCAGCAGUUGACCCCUGACAAGAUCUACCACGUGACAGUGAUGCCCUGCUACGACAAGAAGCUGGAAGCGUCCAGACCUGACUUUUUCAGCCAGGAGCAUCAGACGCGUGACGUGGAUUGCGUGGUCACAACAGGAGAAGUCCUCAGGCUGCUAGAGGAGGAAGGCGUCUUGCUGUCGGAACUGGAGGCGGCCCCGCUGGACAGUCUGUGCAGCAGCGUGUCUGCCCAGGAGCCCACCAGCCACCAUGGCGGGGGCUCAGGGGGCUACCUGGAGCAUGUGUUCCAGCAUGCAGCCCGAGAGCUAUUUGGAAUCCGUGUGAAUGAGGUCACCUACAAACCCCAGAGGAACAAGGACUUCCAGGAGGUGACCUUGGAGCAGGAAGGCCGCGUCCUGCUGCGUUUCGCUGCUGCCUACGGCUUCCGCAACAUCCAGAACCUGGUGCAGAAGCUCAAGCGAGGGCGCUGCCCCUACCAUUAUGUGGAGGUCAUGGCCUGCCCUGCAGGCUGCUUGAACGGUGGGGGCCAGCUCCAGGCCCCUGACAGGCCCAACAAGGAGCUCCUCCAGCACGUGGAGAGGCUGUACAACAUGGUCAGGACAGAGGUGCCCGCGGACGUGCCGGGGGUCCAGGAGCUGUACGAGCGCUGGCUGCAGGGCGAGAGCUCAGAGCGAGCCACCCGCCUAUUGCACACACACUACCACGCGGUGGAGAAGGCCAGUUCUGGCCUCAGUGUCCGGUGGUAGGAGACCCCGAGAGUCAGCCAGACCUACCGUGGCCGGCACUGGCACUCCCAGGAAGGAAGACCCCAGGGAGUGCUCCCCGAAUGUUGAGCUGCAGAAAACGUGCUGGGACCGAGUAGGAACACGACGGAAGCCACAGUUUGCAGCCUGCGCUCUCCGACUCCCACUGUGGGGGCUGGAGCUUCCCCAAGGUGCUGCAGCCCCUCCUGAGCCCACGCUAUGGCAGUGCCUGUUUCUCCUGGUCCUGGUGGCCUGAGCAUCCGAGGCGUGCCUGUCCCAUGGGGACUUUAAGGCGGAGCAAAAGGGGGUUCUUUUUCACUCAUUUCUAGAGUCCUUGAGGCUAAGCUGUGGAGGGCAGCAAUGGGCCAGAUCUGCCAGCUGGCUGAGCUUACAGCCCAGUGUGGGGAGCCCCACUGUGUGGGACAGCAGAGGACACGAAAGGGGCCCACAGCCCGUCACACCAUGGCGGGGAUGGCUGCCUGCUCCACCUGGAAGCACGCGUUUGUUCUGACAGAGCUGUGGCCUCCAGCGCCUGAGAACCUGUGUUCUCUGGGCCCAGCUCCAGUGGGAACAUCGGGGCCGGGCCUCCGUGGUUGUGCUGGCCAAGUCCUAGCUCCACGGCUGGGUCCCCUGUACAAAUGCAGGGAAGGGCAGAAUGGGCCGUGCCUCCCAGGCCCGUCCCCGCCUAACUACUCAAAUAAAGGGGCCUCUCCCAAAA